AUGGCGACCAUUUCGAAUCUCGCUAAUCUUACCCCCGCCACUGCUGUCAACUCCAGAUCUUCUUCUUCUUCCUCCGUCGUACCCAGAUCCUUCCUCAAUUUCCGCGGUUUCGACUCCAAGCUUUCCUCUUCUCAGCUUUCCCUUCGUUUCAACAACCAUCAAUCCAGACCUUCCCUCUUUGUGAGGUGUUCAGUCUCUGGCGGAAAUGGAAGUGCUGGGAAGAGAACGACUCUUCACGAUCUAUAUGAGAAAGAAGGCCAGAGUCCUUGGUAUGAUAAUCUCUGCCGUCCCGUCACUGAUCUUCUCCCUUAUAUUGCUCGUGGCGUUAGAGGCGUUACUAGCAACCCUGCGAUCUUCCAAAAAGCCAUAUCCACUUCAAAUGCUUAUAAUGAUCAGUUCAGGACACUUGUGGAGUCUGGAAAGGACAUUGAAAGCGCUUACUGGGAACUAGUGGUGAAGGAUAUUCAGGAUGCUUGCAAGCUAUUUGAGCCAAUCUAUGACCAGACAGAAGGUGCGGAUGGAUAUGUCUCUGUUGAAGUCUCACCUAGGCUUGCUGAUGAUACCCAAGGCACUGUUGAAGCUUCUAAGUAUCUUCACAAGGUUGUGAACCGCCGUAACGUCUACAUCAAGAUUCCUGCUACUGCUCCUUGCAUUCCUUCCAUCAGGGAUGUCAUUGCAUCCGGAAUCAGUGUCAAUGUCACUCUUAUCUUCUCAAUCGCCAGAUAUGAAGCGGUGAUCGAUGCGUAUUUGGAAGGCCUAGAGGCGUCUGGACUUGAUGACCUCUCAAGAGUUACUAGUGUUGCUUCCUUCUUUGUCAGCCGGGUCGAUACUCUCAUGGACAAGAUGCUUGAGCAAAUCGGUACCCCAGAGGCCCUAGAGCUCCGUGGCAAGGCAGCUGUGGCACAAGCAGCAUUGGCAUACAAGCUGUACCAGAAGAAAUUCUCAGGGCCAAGAUGGGAAGCUCUUGUGAAGAAAGGUGCUAAGAAACAGAGGCUUCUCUGGGCAUCGACAAGCGUUAAGAACCCGGCUUACUCUGACACCUUAUAUGUGGCUCCUCUCAUCGGACCUGACACUGUGUCAACGAUGCCGGAUCAGGCACUGGAGGCGUUCGUAGACCAUGGAACAGUGAAGAGGACGAUAGAUGCGAAUGUGUCAGAAGCGGAAGGGAUAUACAGUGCGAUAGAGAAGCUGGGGAUAGACUGGAACAAGGUAGGAGAACAGUUGGAAGAAGAAGGUGUUGAUUCUUUCAAGAACUGUUUCGAGUCUCUGCUUGUUACACUGCAGGACAAGGCCAACACUCUUAAACCAGCCACCCAUUGA